AUGUUUCUCUUUCUUUCUUUGUUUUUGUUUUUGUUUUUGUUUGUGUCUCCUCUAUUCUUCCUUUCUGCUGUAUACGUGCUGUGUAUCCAGCAGCAGCAGCAGCAGCAGCAGCAGCAGCAGCAAAUGCAGCAGCAGCAGCAGCAGCAACAAAUGCAGCAGCAGCAGCAGCAGCAACAAAUGCAGCAGCAGCAGCAAGACAGCAGCAGCAAGACAGCAGCAGCAGCAGCAGCAGCAGCAGCAGCAGAAAGGGGUGCGUAG